GCAUUACACAGUAGUACCACACCCCCUCUCCUCUCCAACAUUUUUAUCCAGCAACACAGCGCCCACUCUCACACUCUCACUCACUCCUCUCUCUUUCUCUCUGAGAAAAAGCUUUCAGCUUGAUCUUCCAAUGGCGCUUAUGCUGGAUAAUUGCGAAGGCAUCUUACUCUCUCUAGACUCGCACAAAUCAGUCCCGGCUCCAUUCCUCACAAAAACCUACCAACUAGUAGACGAUCCCACCACCGACCACAUAGUUUCGUGGGGCGAAGACGACGCCACCUUCAUCGUUUGGCGGCCGCCGGAGUUCGCUCGCGACCUUCUCCCAAACUACUUCAAGCACAACAACUUCUCCAGCUUCGUCCGCCAGCUCAACACCUAUGGUUUUCGAAAGAUUGUGCCGGACAGAUGGGAGUUCGCCAACGAGUUCUUCAAGAAGGGAGAGAAGCACUUGCUGUGUGAGAUCCAUCGGAGGAAAACUGCUCAGCCGCAGGUAGGCAUCAACCAACACCAACAUCAUCACCACCACCCGCAUUCUGCACUCGGCGUCAACGGCCCGAGUUUCUUUCCCUUUCCCGGCCGAGCGAGCAUCUCCCCUUCCGAUUCCGACGAGCAAGCCAAUUGGUCUGACUCGCCCCCACUCCCCUCCCCCACCGGAGUCUACAACAGCUCAGUGACAGCGCUUUCGGAGGACAACGAAAGACUCCGGCGAAGCAACUCGCUGCUAAUGUCUGAGCUCGCGCACAUGCGGAAGCUUUACAACGACAUCAUAUAUUUCGUACAGAACCAUGUGAAACCUGUCGCUCCAAGCAAUUCUUACCCUUCUUCUUUACUUCUCUGCAACGCCGCACCUUCACCCGCAGCUGCUACUCCUCUAACCACAACUAGCUCAAUGGUGCAAAAGCCUUUGAACCAGAUUCUUGGGUACUAUCCGACGUCGUCUAACCCUAAACAAGCCCCAUCCAACCACGUUAUGAGCUGCUCAUCAAGGAGCUCCAUGACAAUUCUUGAAGAACCCAACAACAAUAGCUGCAAGACAAAGCUUUUCGGUGUCCCUCUUCAAUAUUCAAAAAAAAGAUUGCACCCAGAGUACGGUGCUAAUAUUCCAAUGAGCACCGAGACUAGCAAGGCUCGUUUGGUCUUGGAAAAGGAUGAUUUAGGCUUAAAUCUCAUGCCCCCUUCCGCAUGUUAGUCCUUUCACAAAUCUAGGCUCUCCUUUUCAUUUUUUUUUUCUUCCGAUUUUCUUGUUCCAUGUUUUUUUCUUUUUGAGUCAGGAAGCUAGUCUGAUGAUAUUAAUAUUGAUGAUAUGUGUGUGCGUGCGUGCGUGUGGGUGUUUGUGAGUGAGUCUGUAAAUAACUUUAGUGCCGGUAUUAUCUUUGUUCCCCUCCAGCUAUGAAUGCAGGUGGGUUUUGGUUAGAGCAAACGAUUUAAAUCUCCAAUACCAUCUUUUAAUUUAUUGCUUCU